UGCGAUAUCGACCCAGCGCGAUAAGUUCGGCAUUAGUUUCAGCUGUUCGACGACAAUCAAAACAAGCGCAGAAAGCAGUGGAAGCAGCCAAGGCGCCUCAGAAAAGAAGCAGAAAAAGAGCGCCACACCGUAAUUGUGACUGCUUGCCAAAUAAGAUUAACAAUAAAAUCAAAAAUUACACGCAUACAAUAAAUGCAGUAAAUUCGAUAAGUGAAGUAAUUGUCAACUUGAGAGCUGGGUGUGCCAAAACUGCAGCUGAAGGUCAUUCCAUUUACAAAGAGAGAGAGAGAGAGAGAACAAUUGCCAGAGAACGUUGCUACAACAACACAACAAACAAUAUUAUAAGCUUAAUCGAGUAGGGGAAGAAGAACAUCAGCAUCUGCAAGCCGAACGGACAAAAGAUGGAAAUCAACAUGAAGGCCCUGCUGGGCAUGCUAUUUGUAUUUAUUGGCUGCUGCAGCAAUGUUGUCUUCCUGGAGCUGAUCAUACAAAUCGAUCCCGGUGCUGGCAAUCUGAUAACAUUCUCACAGUUCCUGUUCAUUGCCAUCGAGGGUCUAAUCUUCACCUCCAAGUUCUUUACGGUGAAGCCACACAUCGGCUUGAAGGACUAUCUAAUCCUUGUCGUCCUCUUCUUUGGCGCCAAUGUGUGCAACAAUUAUGCGUUCAACUUCAAUAUACCGAUGCCGCUGCACAUGAUCUUCCGGAGUGGAUCGCUGAUGGCCAACAUGAUCAUGGGCAUUAUACUGCUGAGGAAGAGAUACAAUCUGAGGCAGUACAGCUCGGUGGCGAUGAUCACAGCGGGCAUUAUAUUGUGCACAUUGGUAUCCAGUGGCGAUGUCAAGGAUAAUACGCAUCACUCACUGAAAGUGGACACCACCUACUCGGACUUCUUCUGGUGGAGCGUCGGCAUCGCUCUGCUCACGAUUGCCCUACUCGUGACCGCUUACAUGGGCAUCUACCAGGAGGUGAUCUACAAGCGCCAUGGCAAGCAUCCGAGCGAGGCGCUCUUCUACACGCACAUGUUGCCAUUGCCCGGCUUCCUAAUCAUGGCCAGCAAUAUUGCCCAGCACUGGAGCAUAGCUGUUGCCUCCGAGCCGGUGGCACUAACUGUGCCUGGAUUGAGCUGGACGGUUUCCUUCCCACUGAUUCUCUUCUAUCUGCUGUGCAAUGUGGUCACUCAAUAUAUCUGCAUCAGUGCCGUCUAUGUGCUGACCACAGAGUGUGCCUCUCUCACAGUGACCCUUGUUGUCACUCUGCGCAAGUUUAUCUCUCUGCUGUUCUCCAUCGUCUACUUCCGCAAUCCGUUUACAGUUAGCCACUGGCUGGGCACCAUUCUCGUUUUCUUCGGCACCAUCCUGUUCGCCAAUGUGAUCAACCAGGUGAAGGAUGCCUUCGAGGCGCGCAAGCAGCAACAGCUGGUACGAAAAGAGAAGCUAAAGACCGGUUAAAUAUGGUCCUGCUCCACUCCUGCUAAGAGGCCAUACAUGCCUGCCGUUCGCUGUCCCGCUCUUAAUCGUGCUGGCUUCGUACUCGUUCUCGCCUGUCUCUGUUUCUGUUUCUGUUUUCAUUUUCAGUUUGGGAUUGCUCUUGUAUUUGUUGUAAAUAGCGAUUAGUUAAGCAAAUAUCCGACUCUAAAUGUACUCUGUUAAGCUAAGUCCCUGACGCUGUACGUAGCCUGUAGCCCCGUGCCCUAAUAUUAUGUAAUUCGUGUGUCCAUUUUAUCGA